AUGGCGACCCCCGAGACGCGGGUCGUCUCCGUCCAGCGCCUCAAUGAGGGCCCUGGAUCUCGGUCCCUAGCUGAAUGGUGGGCCGAUGAGAAAAAGCUUCAAACGCCCGAGGCCAAGGCCAUCGAGGAAGCUGCCCAGAUCCUCCGCUCCAGCGAUAUCCCCGUCGCCUUUCCCACCGAGACGGUCUACGGCCUCGGCGCGGAUGCCACACGAAGCGCCUCCGUCCAGGGCAUCUACCGCGCAAAGCAACGACCCUCAGAUAACCCGCUGAUCGUGCAUGUCGACUCUCUCGACAUGCUCAACCGUCUAUUAAACCCUACACCUACACCGCGCACCCCCAGCAGCCCCAGCUCGACCAAAACCCCGCGCAUCUCCAUCCCAGAGAUCUACGAGCCCCUCCUCGAACGCUUCUGGCCCGGCCCUUUGACAAUCAUCCUCCCGAACCCAUCAGGCUCCGAACUCGCUCCCGAAGUAACCUCCAACCUGACGACCUUUGGCGUGCGCAUGCCCUCCUCAGCCCUAGCCCGCCUCCUCAUCCACGCAACAGACCGUCCCCUCGCCGCACCCUCAGCCAACGCCUCAACCAAACCAUCCCCUACAACCGCACAACACGUCUACCAUGAUCUACACGACCGCAUCGAACUCAUCCUCGACGGCGGACGCUCCGGCGUCGGCGUAGAAAGCACCGUCGUCGACGGCCUCUGCCAACCCCCGGCCAUCCUCCGCCCCGGCGGCAUCGGUAUCGAAGAACUACGCACCUGUCCCGGCUGGGAAAACGUCAUUGUAGCAUACAACGACGGCACACUAGAUGUGAAAGAAAUCCCGCGCGCCCCGGGCAUGAAAUACAGACACUACUCGCCCAAAGCGCGAGUCGUCCUCUUCGAAGCAGACUCGCACUUCGCCGGCGUCGUCCGGCACGUCCAAAAGGAUCUCCAAGACACCGCCAUCGGCGCACACACCGUCGGCAUCAUCCGCACGCGCAAUUGGCCCCAGGGUCUGGGCCUUGCAUCCGCCGACGUGCUAGCUUCCACGAUGCGACCUGUUUCAUCGGCGAUUGAGAAUCUACACAGUUUCCCGGUCCCCGUGCACGAGACGGGGAGUCCGAGUAGUCGGACGAAGAUGGCGUUUGAUUAUCAUUUGGGGAGUGAGACGGGGGCGAUUGCGCAUGGAUUGUUUGCGGCGUUGCGGGCGCUGGAUGAGUUGGAUGUGGAUGUGAUUUAUGUGGAGGGGAUUUCGGAUCGGGAUGGGGAUUUGGCGGCGGCGGUGAUGAAUCGGUUGAGGAAGGCUGCUGGGGCGGAGAUGAAAGUGUAG